AUGAUUGCUGGGGCUUGGCUGGCAAUCGAGCGGGCCGCGCUUAUCGCGAUCCGAGGGGGAGUGCACGUCAUCUUGACUGCCAGCGUCAAACCUCGCGCUCUCUGCUUCACCAUCGACCUUGCAGCCAUGGCCGAGCCCACCAAAUCACCGGUCACGCCAUAUCUGGUCUUUCUGGUUUUCAUUGUCACGUUGGGUCCACUCCAAUUUGGAUAUCAUCUGGCCGAGCUUAAUGCUCCUCAGGCCGUCGUCACUUGCGAAAAGAGGUCCAUUCACUCAUCAGCGUCCACGCGCCAUGGAUUACCACAAUGCCUUCCCAUGAACUCGUCCCAGUUCGGCCUGGUCUCGUCGAUCUACACGCUCGGAGGUUUCGUAGGAGCCUUGCUGGCAGGACCGGUGUCGACCAAAUACGGACGUCGGAUUGCCCUUCAAACAACGACUAUUUUCUUCAUCCUCGGUCCGGUGGCUGAGACCCUGGCCCCCUCGAUCUCUCUUCUUGCAUUGGGCAGGUUCCUAUCAGGAGUCGGGUCAGGCGCUGCCAUUGUGGUAGGCCCGAUAUACGUCUCUGAGAUCGCGCCGCCUCAAUCCCGCGGAUUUUUCGGGGCGUUUACACAGGUCAUGACUAAUGUGGGUAUUUUGCUCACACAGACCUUGGGUUACUUCUGGAGCCAUGACGGCCACUGGCGAUUGAUCCUUGCGGUGGCCGGUUUACUAGGGGCCCUGGAGCUCCUGGGUCUGUUCAUGAUCCCUGAAAGUCCGACAUGGCUUGCGGAGCACCGCCAGCCGGGCCCGGCCCGCAAGAUCCUCCAGCGUAUCCGGGGCCGGAAUGCAGACAUUGAAGCCGAGAUCAAGGGCUGGAAGACAGCCGGCGCUCCUCCCACAUCCGGCGAGGAGGAAUCCUUGCUCGCUCCGUCGCCAGCGACGCAGGAUGAUAAACCGGCUGCAGUCACAAUGAUGGAGGCCGUCCGAGACCCACACUAUCGACCCGCCAUCAUUGCCGUUGUCGGUGUCAUGGUUGCCCAGCAAUUCACGGGCAUCAACAGUAUCAUCAUGUACAGUGUUUCGCUAUUGCAAAGCAUUCUGCCCACGACCGCGGCACUGCUGACCAUUUUAAUAUCUGCUAUCAAUCUCAUCAUGACCCUCGCGUGCUCGCCAUUGCCGGAUCGGAUCGGCCGGAAGACUUGUCUGCUGUGCAGCAUUUCGGGCAUGGGUUGCAGUUCUGUCCUCCUGGCCCUGGGUAUCUACUUCAACCAGAAGAUCGCGUCUGCCAUCGCGGCCCUCCUCUUCGUGGCCUCCUUCGCGGUAGGACUCGGCCCCGUUCCCUUCAUUCUGGCCUCCGAGCUCGUCGGUCCCGAGGCAGUGGGCGCAGCGCAGAGCUGGGCCCUCGCGGCCAACUGGACGGCGACUUUUGUGGUUGCGCAGUUUUUCCCUGUCUUGAACGAGGUCCUCGGAGGUCGUGGCAAAGUGUACUGGGUCUUUGCAGCCAUGGCCGGGCUCAUGAGCGUCUUCAUCUACCGCCGCGUGCCAGAAACCAAGGGCAAGACCGAUGCCGACGAGGUUUGGGGUCGCGUGGACCGGCGCCAGGACUAA